AUGUCGGCCGUCAAGGCGCUGCAGCAGUGGUGCCGGCUCCGGUGCGAGGGCUACCGGGACGUGGCCAUCACCAACAUGACCACGUCGUUCAGGGACGGCCUGGCUUUCUGCGCCCUCAUCCACAGACACAGACCUGAGCUCAUCGAUUUUGAGUCGCUGAAGAAGGACAAUGUCUACGACAACAACAAACUGGCCUUCAAGGUGGCGGAUGAGGAGCUGGGGAUCCCGGCUCUGUUGGACGCAGAAGACAUGGUGGCCAUGAAGGUUCCCGACCGCCUCAGUAUCCUGACCUACGUCUCACAGUACUACAACUACUUCCACGGACGCUCCCCGAUCGGUGGAAUGGCAGCCAUUAAGCGUCCGGCCGAGGCCGCCACAGAUGAACCCUCUGGGAAGAAGAACCAGGCGGUGGUGGCGAAGGUGUUCCCCUCGUCCAAGCCUGCCAAAGAGAACAGCCCUCCCCGCUCUUCCCUCUUCAACAGGCCUCCUCCCUCCCCGAAACCAAGCAGGAACGUCACAAAGGACGUCCCGGUGGAGCGAUCCCAUCAAACAGGAACCCUGAGUAACAAGUGUGCAUCCUGUGACAAGCACGUUCACUUGGUGCAGCGACACCUAGUGGAAGGGAAGCUCUACCACAGGAGCUGUGCAAAGUCUCUGUCCUCUGCAAACACAUUGACAGCACUCAGAGAUUUACCCACAAACAACCCUGUGUCCAAAUUCGCUCCUCUACCCGACACGACUAAAGCCAGCAUAACCACUCCUCCCCAAGCCUCCUCCAGACUGGGGCCAACAUGGCUGACGGAGAAACCCAGCCCUCCUUCCACCUUGUCCACCACGGUUUCCCCCAUGCCUCCUUACCGGCCUCAUUUAGGCGUCUCUUCCGCUGCUAAAGAAACUCCCACGCCGCCUGUCUCCAAACCUGCAGCUCCACCGACUACUGGUGAAUCUACCGUCACUCCAACCACCUCCAUCAGCCCCAGGCCCGUUGCUGCCCCCCGCACCUCCACCACAGCAGCCAAGACGGGGAAGUCCAGGUUCAAGUUCUUCCAGUCCAACAGCAACAAUGACAACGAAGAGAAAAAGACCACAACCAUCGACAUGGACAUAGAUAAACCAGUGAAUGUGAGCGGUAAAGUCCAGGAGGCCGCGGCAGGUCAGGCUGUGACUGUGGUUGUAAAUAUCGGUGGUGGUGCCGGCAAAAAUGUAAUGACUCCAAACCUGGAUAAAGGUGGAGACAGAGCUAAAGCAGCAGGUGGAGGAGGAAAGGUGAGUUCGAAACAAGAAGAUGGUGAAAGCAACAAGAUGAAAGCUGCAGCAGGUGGAGGAAAAGUGAGUUUUAAACCAGAAGAUGCUGAAAACAUCAAGACGAAAGCAGCAGCAGCAGCAGCAGGUGGAGGAGGAAAAGUGAGUUUUAAACCAGAAGAUGAUGAAAGCAACAAGACGAAAGCAGCAGGUGGAGGAGGAAAAUUUAGUUUUAAACCAGAAGACGCUGAAAGCAACAAGACGAAAGCUGCAGCAGCAGCAGGUGGUGGAGGAAAAUUUAGUUUUAAACCUGAAGACGCUGAAAACAACAAGAUGAAAGCAGCAGCAGCAGGUGGAGGAGGAAAAGUGAGUUUUAAACCAGAAGACGCUGAAAGCUACAAGACGAAAGCAGCAGGUGGAGGAAAAGUGAGUUUUAAACCAGAAGACGCUGAAAACAACAAGACAAAAGCAGCAGGUGGAGGUGGAGGAGGAAAAGUGAGUUUUAAACCAGAAGACGCUGAAAACAACAAGACAAAAGCAGCAGGUGGAGGUGGAGGAGGAAAAGUGAGUUUUAAACCAGAAGAUGGUGAAAACAACAAGACAAAAGCAGCAGGUGGAGGAAAAGUGAGUUUUAAACCAGAAGACGCUGAAAGCAACAAGAUGAAAUCAGCAGCAGGUGGAGGAGGAAAAGUGAGUUUUAAACCAGAAGACACUGAAAGCUACAAGACAAAAGCAGCAGCAGCAGCUUUCAUCUCCGGCAAAAAGGAAACAACUCCAAACCUGGAUAAAGGGGGAGACAGAGCUAAAGCAGCAGGUGGAGGAGAAGGAAAGGUUUGUUCGAAACCAGAAGACGGUGAAAGCAACAAGACGAAAGCAGCAGCAGCAGUAGCAGCAGCUUUCAUUUCCAAGAAACAGACCGAGGAGAACAACAACAGCAGCAGCAGCAGCCAACCAACAUGGACGAGUGCUUUGCUGAAGAAACCCGACAAACCUGCUCAGGUGGAGACUCCUAAGAAGGAGACGGGGGGAGUCAGAGGGAGGGUGAAGCUGAGAGCCAACCCGUCGCUCCUCGCUGACCUGAUGCCUGUGGACCCCCCGACCUCUACCCCGACCCCGACCUCUACCCCGACCCCGGCCUCCAGGGGGGGACUGAGAACCAGAACUCCAGAGAGAGGGGACCCGAAGCCUCGCAGCCCCUCACCCAGCCCCUCAGCGUCGGAGAAGGAGUCCCCUGCAGACUGGAGGUCGAAGCUCAAACCCGUCGCCAAAGACACAAAACCUGCUGCUCCUCCACCGUGGGCGAACGGAGCUGGAAAGCCCCAGAACUCAGAGCCCUCUGCCGGGCCUGCCUCUCAUGGUUCUGCCCCGAGUGUCCCUGUCACGUCGCCUCCAUGGAAGGGAUUUCAGAAUGUUCCGAGAGACCAAACCACAAACGGCACCAAGUCGGAGUCAAAGACUUCGAAGAUGAAGCCAGACUACAUUCCUAAAGAGGACAUCAUGAAGGAGCUUCAGAGCAUUGAAGACAGCUUGAACGAGUUGGAGAGAAGAGGAGUGGAGCUGGAGGUGAAGCUCCGCAGCAGCGAGGAAGAGGGUGAAGAUGAGGAUGAGGUCAUGGUCGAGUGGUUCAACUUGAUCAGGAACAAGCAGGUGGCCAUGCGCCGGGAGUCUGAACUGGUUUACAUAGGAAAAACUCAGGACCUGGAGGAGCAGCAGCCCAGUGUUGAGCUGGAGCUCAGGAGACUGAUUGACAAACCAGACCGCCUGAAAACAGCCAUGGACAGAAAGAGGGAGAAGGAGCUGAUGGACAAGCUGGUGGAGAUCGUCAACGACAGAAACGCCAUCGUGGACGGGCUGGACGAGGACAGGCUCAGGGAGGACGAGGAGGACCAGGAGCUAAACAAGUUGAUGAUGAAUUUCACCGUAAAGAAGGACAAACCAAAGAAAAAGUCCAAACUGUUCAGCUGGGGCAGCAAGAAGGAGGGAUGAUGCUUCUCAAAGGUUCCGUCAGUUAUCGUCUUAAUGUCAGUGAUUCAGGGGACACUGUCAGUCGCUCUGUCACAUUCAGUGCUUUUAGAAAAAUACCCGAACCAGCCUUAAAGAUCUGACGUUCACACACACACACACACACACACACACACACACAUGGAUGAUGUUGAGGGGGAUAAUGACUCACCAGCCGGGGUUCAGUGCUCCGGUUGUUAGUUUUAAUCCCCUUCUCGUCUUAAUCUGCUUACUUAAUGCUCACACACACACCCACACAGACACACACACCCUCUGAACGUCUCCCUACUUAUUGAAAUGUUUCCUGUGUACAGUGACACUGAUGCUAAUGGGAGUUAAUGGGGAACAGGAGUCAUGGCGGAGGUCGGGCGCUCUGACCCUCGUGUUGUUGCUCACGUCAAACUACAUUUCUCCUUUUAACCACUAAUGUGUUUCACUGGGAACGUUUCGGGACAAACAUGACACUCGGCCAAUAACCAGUCUGUGUCGAGCACUGACCUUUGACGAGCUCUUUUUAAACUGGAUCGUUAUUUUAUACGAGGUUUUUUUUUUCGAGACGUAAUGUUUCCCUACCUGGUGGUUGAGACCUUUUUUCACAGCCUUUCCUUCAUUUUGUAAAUGAAUACACGAUUUUACAUGUACAAAUAUUAAGACAGAGAAAGAAGGGAAGUCUAAGGAGACGUAAUCUUUCUAUCCAAAUUCAAAAUGUGUCUUGAUGAAUCUCUGUAACUAUUUGAGAUCUGUAAAAAACUGCCUGUGCCUUUCUUAUUGUUCAUGUGGUGUCGGAAUAAUCAGAAGAAUUUGUAAAAUCAAGUCUUUAACAUACAUUUAAAAACAAUAUAAUGACGAGUUGAUACUGAAACGUGUGUAACAAAGUCACUGGAAAUCAGGUUCUGCUCUUUUCUUUUUUACUUUGUCACUUUCCCACGUGUUGUUCUUAAAUGUUUCCAUGUUUGAGAAAACGCAGGAUUCCAGUCUGGGUCAGGAGUUUUUAAUUUUAACUAAAUGGGAGAACUGGUCCAUAUUGGAUUUGAACAUGUGUUAAAUGUUUCUUAGCUUAAAUUACCUUUAAUGUUUUCAUGAUAUGUGUAUACUUGACUAAACUUCUCGCUUUAAACAGAAUUAGUUGCUACUUAAUGAAAUGUAAUGUUGUACAUACGUAAAAGAUCUUGACCUCUUUAUAUUUGUCGGAUGUGAAUAUUGUAAAAAGUUUGUUCUAACAAUGAUCUUAUAAUUAAAUGGAGAAACUGACCUGGAUUUUCAAUAAAUCACUUUAACAAA